AUGAGGCCUUUCCAACGCAUCCGGACGAGUGCUGCUAGGGACUGGGCUGCCUUCCACUUUUCGAAUGGAAAGAAAACUGAAUAUUUCUUGGCUGUUGCUAACGAAUUUAGCUUUGAUGCUGCUGGCAGGAAGAACUACAACAUCGACUCCAUCAUCUAUAGGUAUGAUGAGGCCAGUGAAAAAUUCCUACCUUUCCAGUGCAUUCCAACCCAAGGCGCAUACCAGUGGAUAACCUACAAGGGAGUGCAUGGGGAAGUGCUGUUGGGAGUGGUAAACGGUGCAUCUGGUGUGGCCUUCUACCAGUACAAUGGAUGGAGAUUCGUCAGAAUAAAUAUCCCAGUGUCGGCUCCGGGCGUAGAAUGGGCAUGGAUUGGAAACCUUCCAAAUACCCUGAAUGAGGUACUCUUCAUGAUGUCGUCAAGCCAGGCAAAUCCACGACCAGCCUCUUCUUACCUGGAGUUCACUUACCAGAAUCCACUUGGGACCUACCACAAUGCUACUGCUGAGUGGUGUUCUGCAUACAAGACUGAAAUGACCAAUGACGGACUAUCACAGCUGGUUUUGGAUGUGGAACAGGCCCCCAAGACUAACGAAAGCUAUACUUUCACAAAACCUGUACACAUCGAUGGCAGCCUUACUCUUCCUGCAGGCUCGGCAGUAUCGGAAGUGAGAGAUAAAAGCUCUCGAAAUAAAUUAGGAGGCGUUCAGAACACCGUUUCUCAAUCCAGAUCUAUUAACAGUCCCAACCUGGAUGGACUUCACUUUGCCAACCUGGUUACUACCUGCAGUACACCAGGAUGUAUUGCAAGCACAGUAGAUUCUCUGACGGCAAACACGGUCAAUGGCGUCUCGGCAUCUUACACGGGCAUUGCUCUAUUGAACAACACCAAUGAGAAGCUGGACCUGACCUUUGCUGAUGUAGCACUGGCAGGAGGUGCAGUUUGCUCUGUUACAAAUAUAAAGGCGCAUGACACGGCCGUCAUUCCCAUGAACGAGCUAGUAACCCUCCACCAGGACCACACCAUAACGGCAGAUGUUACCUUCAACAAGGUUCUGGCAGAUAACAUGCAGGUUUCUGGUACAGUUGAUGGCUUGACUGUGGAUGAUUCUACACUUCUACUGACCUACGGCACACAAACUGUAAAUGGACUGGUAACGGUAGAUGGUGUCGAUACCACACUAAUAACGACAACAAACGUCAAUAGCAGAAACUUCAAUGACUUCAUAGAUUCGCUGAUUGUGAAUGGUACAACCGACUCAUUCCAAGGAUUACUAGAAGUGGGUGACGACUUGAUUGCCCCCAACAUUGAUACUUUGGAAGAUAUGAAGCCCCUCAACCCUGUAGACGUGGAGGCUCGUGCCCUCUUCCACACAAAGACCAGUACCCAAGUUGUUACAGGUCUUCAUAGUGUUGGCAACCUGGAAGCAGUUAAUGGAGUUUGGUUUGACCAUCUAAACGGUGUUCUUGUACCAGAUGAUGUAUUCCUUAAGGAUGAAACGGUAACCGUCUCUGCUCCAACCACUUUCGACUCCAUUACCGCUACUAGUAUACAAGUAACCAAUGCCAUGAAUGAUGUGAAGCAAGUGGGAGGUAGCUUGGAAUUCCUGUUGCUUGAUAAGGAUGCAACACUAACAAGCAAGACUUUCACUGAUCUAACCCUGGAGAAAGACUCUACUGUGGCGAAGCUAGUAGCUGGCUACGACUUGGAUUACCUAGCAAAGGGACUUCAUGAAAAGUUCUUGCAGGAUCUCAACUCUGGAAGAGCUGUGAAUGGUUCGGUGAUCUUCGAGAAAGAACUGCAUGUUACCAGUGACAAGAUCCAUGGUGUUAGUAUUGGCAAGAUCCGGGAUACUGCUAUUCCCCUCACUGCCACAAGCUUGAAUCCUGCUCUGACCUUUGAAAAGCCUGUUCCGAUUGCUGGUGCCAUGACGGUGUCUUCUACCAUUAAUGGAGUUGCAAAGGAUGACUAUGUACUGCUAGACUCUGACCACACCAUCGUCUCUCCAAAGACCUUCGUGUCGGAUAUGGAGUGUCGUGAAGAUGUGACGGCAGGUCUGGUCAGUGGUUAUAACCUGGCUAAGUUUGCAAAGGAUGUAGUUCUCAAGAAGGGACCUGCACAGAUCAUUGUCCAAGAUCUGUCGAUGGCCUCUGCAGAUGUGAAUGGGGACCUGAAUGUUGCAGGUCAAAUAACGAUUGGAGGUGUAAACUUUAACAAUGUGGUUGCUCUUAAUGCAACUGAGACUGUGAGAGGCAAGAAGACUUUCACAAAUGUAGAAGUAACCUCUUCAACAUCUGCCGGUGCUGUGAAUGUAGGAGACUUCGGAACCGUCGAUGGAGUAGUGGUCAAGGAGAUCUUCUUUGAUGACAGCCUGAGGAAAUCUGUAACUUCAACCCAGGAGUUGGUUGGUAGGGCCAUGGACACCAUAAUAGCACAAAAUGCCGAGGGAACAGACCUUGCAGGUUUUGAACGAAAGGUUGUGUACAAGGAUGAUAUUGAAACCAUUUCUGGUGCUCUAACACUUGAAGGUUCUGUUUCGAUCGCCUCUCUGAACUUCGAAAGUGACUUUGAUGGUGUUUCUGAAGCUGCAUACAAGUCUGCUUGGCUCCUUAAUGAGGGUCCCCAGACUUUGACUGGAAGCAACUCUCUUGCAAAUGUUGAUGCAUCUGCUGUGAACUUCCAAGGAAUCUAUGUAGAUGGUGUGCAUCUUGGCCGAUUGCAUACAGUGACCGCUAAGAUUGAUGAACAAACAACACUGAACUCUACAACAUUUGACCAGGUCGAAUCCCUGUCUGGAAUUACCUUGGAUGGAACUAUCCAGGGGUGGCAUCUUCAUGAGCAAGCCUUGCAGUCUUCCUCAAAUCAUCAAAGGGUCACUGGCAAGAAAAGAUUUACAAACCCAGUCCACAUCAAAAACAGUAUUACGGUAGACGAAAAUGUAAUUAUUCCUAGAGCUGGUGGAAGUCCCCUUGUGCUUGAAAUGAGCCAGUUCUGUGAUGCCUUCAUGCAGAAUGGAAAGGUCCUGGGAGAUCUUGUGGUAAAUGGUAAUGCGGUGUUCAAUAAGGACUUGGAUAUCAGUAAGUCCUUCAACAAUGAAGAUGUUUCAACCCUUGCUAGUGUAUUCUGGUUGAGUGACAUGGAUAACACUGUAUCCAGUGUAAAGCAGCUGGAUACUGCCCAGGUUGCUGGGAAUGCAGAAGUAAUAAUGAAGGGUUUGAUAAAUGGAGAAGACUUCUCUACUUUAGCAUCUGAUGUCCUGAAGAACAAAUGUACAUCUCAAUCGGUAACUGCAUCUUGGAAUCUAGAUAACCUAGAGGUAUCUAGCUUGCAAACGGACACUGUAACAAAUAUUCUCUACUCGAUUCGGAUGUGGAUUCUGAGGACUGACAAAACCCAGACCAUCACUGGUGCAAAGACUUUCCCAGAGGUCCAGGUUGCAGGGUCUGUGGAUCUUGAUGGAACCCUCAAUGGAUUGGAUGUGAAGACCAACUUAGUCCAGUAUGGUAAGGGUGCAGAUAUAACUGCUCCCAAGACUUUCAAUCAAAAGCUGACUGUAAAAGGAGACUUGUCAAUGAGCAGUGGCAGCACUGUGCAGGGUGUUGAUGUAUCAGCAUUUGAAGAGUCUGCUGUGCUGCAUAACACUAGUGGUAUUACCAAGUCUAUCGGUGGAAUUACCACCUUCAAAGGCCUGGUCUUGAAGACGCUGGAAGUUGGAGGUACUGUUGACACUGUACAGGUAGAUAGUAAUACUAUACUCCUGACAAGUGGAGCACAAAGUGUGGCUGGCUUGGUGACGGUAUCUGUACCUGGACAAGACAAGGUGGUCUUUGUUGAUCAGAACCUGGAGGUCCAGGACCAAAUGUUCAACACCAUCAAGCUUGACAAGCUGUAUGGAGAUACGGUUGAUCUUGUAUGUGACUUGACCCGACUCCUGCAGGUUCGUGUUGAUGGCAGUAAAGAUACUAUUACAGCAGAAGUAACCUUCACAGCAUCUCCAACCUUCUCCAGUAUAACUCUUGAAAACCACCUUGUGAAUGGCUACAAUUUGACAGACCUAAUCUUGUUCCUUGAUGGGAAACACACCCUUGAUAACAUGGGAGAUCAUCUGGAAGAAGCAAUCCAGUCUUCACAAGACUCUAAUAUGGUGCUUGAAGAAAGACCUACUGACCUGUGGUACUUCUAUGAAACCAAAUUGCAAGAAACCUUGUAUAAACUACAACCAAUAACGUUGGCAAGUCCCUUGGGACACCGUUCCAUCGAUGCAUUUGUUGGCUUGAACUGGGAAGACACCAGUAUCCAGAUUUAUGGGCCUGAGCUUGGAAGGAAGUCGUUGGCUGAUGAGCUGAAGGACCUCUGUGAGGAAAAGGAACCCUUGGAUGUGUUGGCAGCCUUCCCACCAACAAGUACUAUUAGCAUUCCUAAAGCCAAGGUAGCUGCAGGCUUGGGAAAUAAUCACUUGGCUGCAUGUGGAGAUUCGCUUGUAACUUUCCCAUAUGCUGCUGCACCAACAUAUCAACAGGUAAAAUGGCUUCUACUUGCCAGAUUGAACGAUGAACUGGACCAAGGAACUUCAUAUGGCCAUGUAUUCUCCCUAAACCAAAUCCAGUGCAAAACUGUCGUUUCCUUCAGCACAGUAUCCUGCAAAGAUUUAGUGCCAUUCCACCUGGAAAAUGGAAAAGACUGCUUGGCAGUGAUUGAUCAUGGAACCACAUCAGAAGUGAUCUGUGGAACUGCACAGACUGGAUACAGGCUACUGAACUACCUGGGUACUAAACGUGCAGUAAAGGGAGCAGCAUUUACCUUGGGUAAUGAAUACCUGGUUGUGCUGGAGGAAGAUUCAUUCAGCUUUUCCUCAAACCUAAAGACCUUCAAAUAUGAUCUGCAUUCUAACACUAUGGUCUUGGAGUUAAACCAUGAUCUGCAAAAGGCUUCUCACCUGGAUGCCCUGGCUGGAAAUCAUAAAGCUUAUGUAGCAGUAACUCACAGUAUCUCCCCUGUUGCUGCAGGGGGUGUGGAUAUAUUCACUGUUACUGAUAAAUCUGGAUCUGUGGAGAUGAAGAAAAUGCAGACUAUAAAGGUGCCUGGUGCUCUUGCAAGCAAUUUUGGAGAAUUGGCCAAGUAUGAUGUGGGUCUCUUCGUCCAGACAGAGCACGGUGUUCACGUGUAUGUUUUGAAGGGAAUGCAGUUCGUGCAUGAAAGGAUGGUUAAAACUGUACCUGCACGGAAACCCUUCUCGUUCCCAUUCUUCCAUACUGGCCAGAAUACGACCUUCCUUCUGUAUGCCGGAAAUGAUCUUGAUGGACAUCUAGAAAGGAAUGCAAGAGUGUAUGAAGCAGUCUACAGGCCUUAG